UGGGUGGCGUGUGUGUUUGACUUGCUCUCUCCCCACCGGGAAAUUGGAAAAAUAGGUACCUGAAGCACACUUGUUCUCAACAACUAAAAAGUACAGCUUUGCGAACAAAAUACUGCUGGGUUUGCUCUUUAUGUGAGGGGCAGUCCUCUGGUCUUGACCCCUUCACGGGGUUAUUGUCCCUGUGAGUAUCUUCAUGGUGUGUGUUCCUGCACUUAAUAUUUGCCUGUGUAUGCUUUCCCAACUUAUUUGCAUACAAAGUGUAACAGAUCUGAGAAUAAAGAGGCUGUGAACCUUUCAUUUAUUAGUGGCAAAUACUUAUGAAAUUGCAGAUUUAUGGGAACCUGUAUUCUGCUUUUAAUGAUUCUAGUCUGGGUCUUUCAUUUCCAGAUGAUGUGUGAGGUGAUGCCAACCAUCAGUGAAGCCGAAGGCUCCCCAGGAGGAAGUGGGAGCCAUGCAUCCGGCUCCCCUUCACAGGCAGACGCAGAUUCACAUUUUGAACAGUUGAUGGUCUCCAUGCUAGAAGAAAGGGACCGACUUCUUGACACUCUUAGAGAGACUCAAGAAACGCUGGCAUUAACCCAGGGGAAAUUACACGAAGUUGGUCAUGAAAGAGAUUCCUUGCAGAGACAGCUCAAUACUGCACUUCCACAGGAGUUUGCUGCACUUACAAAGGAACUGAAUAUAUGCAGGGAACAGCUUCUUGAAAGGGAAGAAGAAAUUGCUGAACUGAAAGCAGAAAGGAACAACACCAGGCUGCUUUUAGAACAUUUGGAAUGCCUUGUCUCUAGGCACGAGAGGUCUCUCAGGAUGACCGUGGUGAAGAGACACGCACAGUCCCCAGCAGGUGUGUCCAGUGAAGUCGAAGUGCUCAAAGCACUGAAGUCGUUGUUUGAGCACCACAAAGCUUUGGAUGAAAAGGUGAGAGAGAGAUUACGAGUAGCACUUGAAAGGUGUAGUUUGUUAGAAGAAGAAUUAGGUGCCACACACAAAGAGCUAAUGAUUCUUAAAGAACAGAAUAAUCAGAAAAAAACACUAACAGAUGGAGCGCUUGACAUGAACCAUGAACAAGAAAAUACCCCGAGCACGAAUGGAAAGAGAUCUUCUGAUGGUUCGUUAAGCCACGAGGAGGACCUUGCUAAAGUAAUAGAGCUCCAGGAAGUCAUAGACAAGCAAUUGAGGGAACAGAGCCAAAUGAAAGAGCGCCUGGCCGCCCUCUCCAGCCACGUGGCAGAGCUGGAGGAAGAUCUCGACACGGCCAGGAAAGACUUGAUCAAAUCUGAGGAGAUGAACACGAAACUGCAACGGGACAUCCGCGAAGCCAUGGCCCAAAAAGAAGACAUGGAAGAGAGAAUCACUACUCUUGAAAAACGCUACCUCGCUGCACAGCGUGAAGCCACGUCUGUGCAUGACCUCAAUGAUAAACUUGAAAAUGAAAUUGCAAACAAAGAUUCUAUGCAUCGACAGACUGAGGAUAAAAACCGCCAGUUACAGGAACGGCUGGAAUUAGCGGAGCAAAAGCUGCAGCAGACCAUGAGGAAAGCCGAGACACUCCCGGAGGUGGAGGCGGAGCUGGCCCAGAGGGUGGCAGCGCUCUCGAAGUCUGAUCUUUUGUCUUCUGGGAGCUCUGCUGCUAAGGAAGCUAAGCUGUUGGAACUUACUUCCAGGCUUAGGAAGGCUGAAGAGAGACACGGCAACAUUGAAGAAAGGUUACGACAGAUGGAGGCGCAGCUGGAGGAAAAGAACCAAGAACUGCAGCGGGCAAGGCAGAGAGAAAAAAUGAAUGAAGAGCAUAAUAAACGUUUAUCAGACACUGUUGACAAGCUUCUUUCAGAAUCUAAUGAGAGGCUCCAGCUUCAUCUGAAAGAGAGAAUGGCUGCUCUAGAAGAUAAGAAUUCUCUGUUACGAGAAGUUGAAAAUGCAAAAAAGCAAUUGGAAGAUACGCAACAUGAUAAGGAUCAGCUCGUCUUAAACAUUGAAGCAUUGAGGGCUGAACUAGACCAAAUGAGACUAAGAGGUGCUUCACUUCAUCAUGGCCGACCCCACUUGGGCAGUGUCCCAGAUUUCAGGUUCCCUGUGGCAGACAGUCACACAGAUUCCUUCAGCACCAGUGCAGUGUUGCGACGCCCCCAGAAAGGCCGCCUAGCUGCUCUACGGGAUGAGCCUUCCAAGAGGAUCUCUUUCUAUAUAUCUGUUGAUUUUGCUAUUUUCUAGGAGUUUGCUGCACUUACAAAGGAACUGAAUAUAUGCAGGGAACAGCUUCUUGAAAGGGAAGAAGAAAUUGCUGAACUGAAAGCAGAAAGGAACAACACCAGGCUGCUUUUAGAACAUUUGGAAUGCCUUGUCUCUAGGCACGAGAGGUCUCUCAGGAUGACCGUGGUGAAGAGACAGGCACAGUCCCCAGCAGGUGUGUCCAGCGAAGUCGAAGUGCUCAAAGCACUGAAGUCGUUGUUUGAGCACCACAAAGCUUUGGAUGAAAAGGUGAGAGAGAGAUUACGAGUAGCACUUGAAAGGUGUAGUUUGUUAGAAGAAGAAUUAGGUGCCACACACAAAGAGCUAAUGAUUCUUAAAGAACAGAAUAAUCAGAAAAAAACACUAACAGAUGGAGCGCUUGACAUGAACCAUGAACAAGAAAAUACCCCGAGCACGAAUGGAAAGAGAUCUUCUGAUGGUUCGUUAAGCCACGAGGAGGACCUUGCUAAAGUAAUAGAGCUCCAGGAAGUCAUAGUCAAGCAAUUGAGGGAACAGAGCCAAAUGAAAGAGCGCCUGGCCGCCCUCUCCAGCCACGUGGCAGAGCUGGAGGAAGAUCUCGACACGGCCAGGAAAGACUUGAUCAAAUCUGAGGAGAUGAACACGAAACUGCAACGGGACAUCCGCGAAGCCAUGGCCCAAAAAGAAGACAUGGAAGAGAGAAUCACUACUCUUGAAAAACGCUACCUCGCUGCACAGCGUGAAGCCCCGUCUGUGCAUGACCUCAAUGAUAAACUUGAAAAUGAAAUUGCAAACAAAGAUUCUAUGCAUCGACAGACUGAGGAUAAAAACCGCCAGUUACAGGAACGGCUGGAAUUAGCGGAGCAAAAGCUGCAGCAGACCAUGAGGAAAGCCGAGACACUCCCGGAGGUGGAGGCGGAGCUGGCCCAGAGGGUGGCAGCGCUCUCGAAGUCUGAUCUUUUGUCUUCUGGGAGCUCUGCUGCUAAGGAAGCUAAGCUGUUGGAACUUACUUCCAGGCUUAGGAAGGCUGAAGAGAGACACGGCAACAUUGAAGAAAGGUUACGACAGAUGGAGGCGCAGCUGGAGGAAAAGAACCAAGAACUGCAGCGGGCAAGGCAGAGAGAAAAAAUGAAUGAAGAGCAUAAUAAACGUUUAUCAGACACUGUUGACAAGCUUCUUUCAGAAUCUAAUGAGAGGCUCCAGCUUCAUCUGAAAGAGAGAAUGGCUGCUCUAGAAGAUAAGAAUUCUCUGUUACGAGAAGUUGAAAAUGCAAAAAAGCAAUUGGAAGAUACGCAACAUGAUAAGGAUCAGCUCGUCUUAAACAUUGAAGCAUUGAGGGCUGAACUAGACCAAAUGAGACUAAGAGGUGCUUCACUUCAUCAUGGCCGACCCCACUUGGGCAGUGUCCCAGAUUUCAGGUUCCCUGUGGCAGACAGUCACACAGAUUCCUUCAGCACCAGUGCAGUGUUGCGACGCCCCCAGAAAGGCCGCCUAGCUGCUCUACGGGAUGAGCCUUCCAAG